GUAUUCAGUGAAAACAACUUAUAUUCAUCUAUAGCUAUAUUCAUGUAUGUGAAUAUUCUUCACAGAGAAAAUAGAUGGAUAUAAACUGUCUGGUAGCCCUUCACAUCAGUACCUUACGCAAUAGCACUCAAUUUCUAUAAGGUUGGUGACCCCAUUAGACAGUAUCCAGUAUUAUUAUUGCGAGCGGUCAUAAAUCUGUCCAUGUUAUGCACUUUAAAUGUAGUACAAGGGGUGGGUACAUACCACUUAAAAAAUCACAUUGAAAAUUUAAAAAAAACAUUUCACAAUCAAACACAUUUAAAAACCAUUUUACCAUUUCAUCUACAUUAUUUAGUCAUUACUGAGGUGAAUCUGUAUUUAAAAUGGUGACCUUCAAAAUCAUUUGCAUUUUAACCUCUUAAUGCAAAACGGAAACACUUAUAAAACAUUUGCUAAAACAUCCAUCUGAUCUUAUCACUUAGUAUGCCCUGUGUUUUGGAGCAGGGCAUGUUCUAUCACAGGUAAACAUACAAAUUUGUGUUAGUGUUGCCAUUUAGAUUUAGAGGAUCGUCAUAAACAAAGAGAUUAUAAUCUCAAUAAUGGCAAGAUAUCUGGAAAUGUUAAAAUAUUAGUUGGGAAAGUACUAAAUUGUCAGCUCAACCGUAGCUACAUACUCCAUCACAGAGACCACAGAGUCUUUUUAAUAGUAAUCAAAAGAAUACUUAUGUGCUGACACACACACCAGUUAGAAAAAAAUGAUGAGAUUAAGGAUAGGCUGGAUGACGUUAUGAAUAAAUUUAAGUGCUGUCACAUUUAAAAUUGAGCAUUUCUACCCCUUUUAUCUGCAGGGCCAUUCCUCACUUCCUGUAGUCACAUUUUUUAUCAAAUUGUUUAUGGACAUGCAUACCGUUAACCUCUGUUCAUCUCCAUUAGUCACUAUUUGGUCUCUAGGUUGUUGUUCUGUGUUGAAGAGGAGGCCUAAUCUCCCGCACACCUGUUAUGGCUGUGCCAAGCUAUUAAUACAUUUACUGGAUGGGCCUCAUAGGUCGAAAAGAGGAUACACCAGGUGUCGGUUGGAAGACUGUCAUGCAUUCAUCCUGGCUCAGAGGAUACAGAGAUGUCUGAGAAACGUAUAUAAGACCUCAUAUAUGAUCCCAGAGGCAGCAACUACAGUGAAAAGUGGACCUAUUUUUUCAGAUGGUGAUGAAUUGGGACUGUUAUUCUUUUAACGGAUGUACUGACCCGCAUUUGGCUGCAGAUGUCUCUCCACGUUCUGUAUGAAGAAUUAUUAAAAAUACAAUUAAAAAAUAAAAAGUAGUAGAAGUCUGCCAUUACUGGAGGCUUCACCACCACCACCACCACACCGCCUGAACUGAUGCGAUACUCCCAGUGUCAUCCUUGACAUGUCAGCAGUCUAUUCCAGACAGUUCAUCCAACAAAGUGACCCCAUUGCCAACCAAGGGAAGGUCUCAAUGCGCCUCUCAAACCACCACGAGGUCCGAUUACAGAUUUUUGUUUGUACAUAGAGAUCAGUGCAGCCUUGGAUCCAUUGUGGAAUCAGAAUCCGCCCGGGCGCCCAGCCUGUGGAACGGAGAAGCUCCAACCCAGCAACUACUCAUUGGUGUUGCUUAUUCAGCUCAGCCUGCUUUCCUUCGACCUGUUUGUCAACUCAUUCAGUGAGCUACUUCGAGAUGUACAAGCUGUCCAACUGGUACUUUUCGUAAUUCAGGACAUUGCCAUCUUGUUCAACCUCAUCAUCAUUCUCUUGAUGCUGUUUAACACCUACGUGUUCCAGGUCGGCCUGGUAGCCAUAUUGUUGGAGAGAUUUAGAGCUUUGCUAAUGCUUUCUGCACUCUAUUUGACCUUCAGUGUAAUACUCCAUUCCUGGCUCAUGAAUCUGCGAUGGCUAAACACCAAACGAUUUAUUUGGACAGAUGGCCUUCAAGUGUUAUUUGUGUUCCAAAGAGCUGCAUCUGUGUUGUACUACUACUUCUACAAGAGGACCUCAGAGUGUUUGGGUGACCCUCGCCUGUAUGAGGAUUCAGCGUGGCUGCGAGAAGUCUUUGCACAGGUCAGGCAGUGACCCCCCCCCCCCCACCCUCCAAACACAAAAGACACAAGACUCUCUCAAAUCCGUAAGAUCAGUAGCAUGUGGUAAAUGGGCUUUGUUCCUCAAAAGCUGUUGCAUUUUAUUUUGCAAGAAUAGCAUAUCCUAUGCCGGACUGAACUUGCCACACACCACAGGAAUUAUGAGAGUGAAAAAUGUUAUUUCAAUGUGCCAAAAUGUGUCCAUAUAUUUUAAGUCUUAUUUUGUUUUAAAAUUUGAAUGCCACGUUGGGACUUCUCAACAAGUUUACAGGUAGUCUCAUGUCUU